AUGAGGUUGGGAUUUAGGAAGCUGUUCAAAAGGGAUAAGAGUAAAAAACUAGGGCAGGAAUCUGAGUACAGUGAGAGCGUGACGAGUUUUAAAGAUAAAAUAAGCCAGCCGUCACCUCUCCAAGUCGAUUCCUCUGAUUCAUCAGCCAAAAUGUCUGUCAAGGAAUUCAAGAGGCGGUCGAGCAACGAGUUGCUGGGGAAUCAAAACCAGCCCCAGCCGUUAUUUAAAACACGCAGGAAGCCGGCGCCGAAGCCCAACCAGGAUUUAUCCAAUUGGCACACCUCGGAUGAUGAUUCUGAUGACAACGUCCGCGAUAACGACGAAUUUGAAAAAUUCAAGCAGAGGAUCAGACAAUCGAGAAGCACGAUACGCCAAGCCGCUACUACGAUACAGGAUAAUGAUAGCGACGAGAGCGACGAUACACUUCCACUCUCACAGUUACGCUCGAAAAGUCAAGUCAGCUUAGUGAACUCGAUAGCAAGCAAACCUAAUAAAAGCACACCGUCGCUCAAAUUACAAGGAAGUUCACAUAAGCUCAACUAUCGUAAACCACCACCACCCGUUAGCGCGAACCGCGAUUCUCGUUCGAUAAAGCAUAAUUCACAACUUUCACCUAAUUAUCAGAGGCAAUCACACGCGAGUUACUCUCCACAAUCAAGGCAAUCAACUCUACGGCCACCGCCAUCACCCGCGAUGUCUCUGCAGAGUGCACCAGGUGGAUUUGGAUAUUUCAACCCAUAUAGUACUCCAGGUAUGCCUGGAAUGCCACCAAUGCCGCCAAUGCCUCCUGUGGGUAUGCCUGGCGCAUAUCCAUUCGCACCACCACCAGCGAACAAUCUUCCAACACCUCCACCAUCUGCACCUAGCUCUAGCAACGGUGAUCUCAACCAACAAGCUAUGGUGGCUGCUCAAAUGCAUUUCCAGGCUAUGAUGAAUGCAAAGCAAUCAUUCCAAGCUUACGUAGCUCAACACGCUGCAUACCUUGCAGGACAGCAAUGGGAUGAAGAACACUCACAGUAUGGAGGAUCAGAAGCUGGUUUUGAUCUCAAUGAUGAUGAUUAUUAUCUCAAAGGAAACAGCAGAGCCGCUAAAUCUGAUUACGGGGGCAUAUCACCAGGUAGUGCAAAUAGUCGUCGGUCAAGUAACUACUUGCAGGCUCAACAAGCUCAGGCGAGAUCUCAAAUGAGAUAUUCCGAGAUUACACGUAAAGCGCCUUCAAGAGAAAGCCUUAAGGCACCUCCGCCGCCGCCAACUAUUAAACAUUAUAAAGUACCUUAUCAAUGA